GAGGAGGAGGAGGUGAGGUCCUGGAGUGAUGAUGAUGGCAGCAGGGGGAGCGCAGAGGCUCAGAGAGGAGUGAGAAGUUCCCGGUGAUGGCGGAUAAACCCUCCACGCUGUUCGUGAAGCUGUUUGCCGCUGGGUUUUACGGUCUGAGCUCGUUCCUCAUCGUGGUGGUGAAUAAAAGCGUCCUCACCAACUACAGGUUUCCCUCUUCAAUAUGUGUGGGAAUAGGACAAAUGUUGGCCACAGUGCUUGUGCUGUGGGUGGGCAAGGCUGCCAGGGUGAUCAGCUUCCCUGACCUGGAUGAGAGUAUAUUUUACAAGACGUUUCCUUUACCUCUCCUGUAUGUGGGAAAUCAAAUCACUGGUCUCUUUGGUACCAAAAGGCUCAAUUUGCCGAUGUUUACAGUCCUCAGGAGAUUCUCUAUCCUGUUCACUAUGCUGGCUGAGGGAUUUCUGCUCAAGAAGAAGUUCUCCAGGCCGGUCCAACUAACCGUGUUUACAAUGAUCCUUGGGGCGUUCAUAGCCGCAAGUGCCGACUUAUCCUUUGACCUGCAAGGCUACGUCUUCAUUCUGAUGAAUGACGUUCUGACUGCAGCCAAUGGAGCCUACGUAAAGCAAAAACUGGAUGCAAAGGAGUUGGGGAAAUAUGGAUUAUUAUACUAUAAUGCUUUAUUUAUGAUAUUACCGACUCUUCUGUUGGCUGAAGUGACAGGAGACAUGCAAAAGGCAGCAGAGUUUGAAGGCUGGUCCGACAUGCUUUUCCUCUCCCAGUUUGUUCUCUCAUGUGUCAUGGGGUUUAUUCUUAUGUAUUCAACUGUACUAUGUACACAACACAACUCUGCAUUAACUACCACUAUUGUGGGAUGCAUUAAGAAUGUUCUGGUGACGUACAUCGGGAUGGUGUUCAGCGGAGACUACAUUUUCUCUUGGACUAACUUUAUAGGUUUGAACAUAAGCAUUGCUGGCAGCCUGGUGUAUUCGUACAUCACCCUGAAAGAGGAGCAGUCCAGCAAGCAGAGCGACAGCGCCAAGCUGGAGAUCAAGGGGAAGGUUGUUGUGUGACAGACACUGGAUCUGGUCCUUCUAAUGACACAAACUGGAAGGAAAAACUAUUUUUAAAGAACUACUUUAAUUUAUGGGGUGUUGUAGCAGCAGGGAUUCAUUCUCUGUAAACUUUGAGUUUUAAUG